AUGGCAACUCCCACGUCCUCUUCGUCUCUCUUCCGUGGAGUAGACCUCGGUUCCCACCACUCGGUUUGCGCGUCCGCAACAGCGACAGAGCCUCACGUGAUUCGGGUUGACGUGAAUGCUUUAGGCAAUCGCAGCACGCCAUCCAUCAUCUCUCUUGAUGGGCGACAACGUCUCAUUGGUGAGGCCGCAGAGGGUUCGGUGGGCAAGAACCCCAAGCAGACGUUCACGCAUCUUGUGAAUGCUUGUUUCGAAGAGGGGACUAGUGGCGAAGCGAGAGAUGUUCGUUCCCACUAUGGUUGCUUUUGGGAAGUCGAGAAUGGUGUGGACUUCGACGGUGAGGAGCGAUGGAGCGAGUGGGAACCGACGUCAGAGGAGUUGUUGGGUGCGUAUCUGAAGAAAUUGGUGGACCUGAAACUGGUGGAGAAGAAUGCCAAACAUGAGAAGAUCGUGUUGGCGUUGCCAGACUACGCAUCUGAAGGAGAAGUCGCAACUAUGGCGAAGAAGUUGGAGACAGCAUUGGCAGUUGCUGGUCUUGGCAAGAAGUCUGAAGCAGCAGCAGCAGCAGCUGGUGUCGACCUGUGCUACCAUUCCGAAGCACUGGCGACUCAGUGGGUUGCGAAAUUCGAGUCACGCUUGGUAGAAAAGCAGGUUGGUGAGGUAGAACAUUUGCUCAUUGUCGAUGUGGGCUACGCUCACACCACAGCUACUCUGGUGAAAGUAGGACUCCUUGCGCAAGAGGAAAAGAAGGAUGAAGCGAUGCCUAUGGAAGUGGAUGAAUCUUCUGCCUCUCCAAAAAAGUCUGCUAGUACUUCUGAGGAAACACCAGCGGCUCCAAAGCUUUCAGUCUCUGUCGUGAAGAAAUCCACAGUCAUGGUCGGCGUGCACGACUUUAUUAAGCAGUUAGCCCAGUUCGGCGUGGACCACGCGCAGAAAAAGUACUCUCAGAGCAUCAAGCUGAACAGCAAGAAGGGCUUCAAACUGAAAACCGCGAUGCAAAAAGCCCUGAAGGAAUUGUCCAUGUUGCCAGAAGCGAGCGUUCACUUGGAAUGCUUUCUCGAGGACGAAGAGGAUUUCAAACUCGAUUUGAGACGCUCUGACUUGGAGGAAGCACUUGCUACGCAACUGGAACAAGUGCGUAGUUGUGUCGCGGAAACUUUGCAGGUGAUGGAGACAGUAAAAAUCGCUGAGGAGUCAAGUUCUGCUAGCUCUUCCUCUUUUGUAGUUGAAAUCGUCGGUGGUGGCGUUCGUAUCCCGUGCGUCGCUGCGAAGAUAGAGGAAGCAGCCAAAGCCGCACCUUGCAGUGCUGGAGACGCUACGCUCUUAGGUCGUGGACUUGAUGGCUCUUCCGCUGUGGCCACAGGCGCUUGUCUUCGUGCAGGAGGAAAGUGCUUUCAGCUGGAGAGUGAAGCAGCAACGCUUCUUUCUGGUGAUGCAUCUUCUGAAGGUGGACUAAAAAGGGUCUUGGCAACAGAGUCUAAGAUGGAACAGAUCGAACAGAAGGAAGAAGAAAGACUGCAAGCGUUAAAUCAAUUGGAGUCCUACAUCUUCGAAGCAAGACGGAUAUUGGGAGAAGGUAUUUCUAUUUCUAUUUGUACUUUUUUGAGCUUUCAAAGACUUAUUGAUGGUCACCAUCUCGUUUUAUCGCGACAAAAUUCUGAUGUUUUCCUUUUCAGUCACCAGAUUUACCAGAGUGUAACUGAAAGAGCAAUUUUUUUUUAGUACCUAACCUAACAUCACAACACAGCCUCCGCCGCCGCUCUCUUCGAUGAUGUCGCAGGCCUAACCAGCCACCUCGACACUACCGAAAACUGGUUUCUCGACAACGUUCAAGAUGAAUCGAUUGGCAAGGAAACCUACCAGGAGAAAUACGAAGAAACGAAGCAACUUGUUGAAGUGACUCAUGGUGCAAAGUACUUUGCCGACUUGGAAGCUAAAAAGGCUGCGACAGAAGCUGAACUAGAGAAGCUCAAUGCCGCUCGUCAAGCAGAAGAGAAAGAGGACCACGAUAACCGCAACUUGCCGAAGUCCGAGAGAUUGCGGAUGGCCGAAAAGCAAAGGGUCGAAGGGAACGAGCUGUUUAAAGCCGGUACUGUUUUGGAAGUCGUGUUCUUGAUGACCAAGUUUAUUUUGAUGUACAAGAUGACAUACUUCCAUGUACUACAACCAUCAACUUCAAUCUUGUUCAUGAGUAGGCCCCAUUCGAAUUCACAAAACAACAUGACCUCAUCCCACACAGGCACCUACCAAGAUGCGAUCAUGCGAUAUCAGAAAGCACAUGCGCACCUCGCAAAGCUCUUUGACUGCAGCCCGGAUGAACUCAAGGAGAAGGACCGGAUUAGUCUCUCCUGUUACUUGAACACAGCGCAGUGCUACUUGAAGGGGGUAUUACACCUGCGUUGUUACUGCACUUUCUUUCAUAAUAAUUGCAACCUUACCUCUUGCCAGGCACAUCAAUCAAUCAGUCAACCUGUGUUUGGUCAGAUUCGACAAAGAUGCACUUUCGUCAGCACACUCAACUUUUCAUCAAAAAUGAAAAUCUUGAAAAUUAGUUUCCACAUCACUACACAUCAGAUCGACGCCACCGCACCAGAGGAGAAGGAAAAGGUCCGCCAAAUUGCGCAGAAGGUCGUCCGCCAAUGCGACUCGGCAUUGGACAUCGAGGCCGUACACAUCAAGGCUCUCUUCCGUAAAGCCACUGCACUAGAGAAGAUGGGUGAGAUUGACGAUGCGCGAGCGAGCACGAAAAAGGCCAUGAGUAGUGAAGAGGGAGCUAAGAACCCGGAUAUCGUCAGGUUGGACAAGAAACUCGAACGUGCGCAAGCAGUGCAAAAGCAAAAAGCACAAAAAAUGUUCGGGAAGAUGUUCGGAUCCUAAAACAAAGGAAAAGCAAGAAAUCUGCUAUUUUUGGUCAAGACGCAAAGCUUCUCGCGCCUGUUCUGAGCCGAUGAUACUGAAAUGCCAAUAAGAAUAUCGAAGCACGAAGCGAGUAACCUAUCAAUCAUCCUGCACCCCUCGUCUAUCAUCGUCUGCGACUUUUUAAUUUUCCAUAAUUCCCCCUGCUGACAAAGUCGCCGUUAGCUGUGCCCUGAAAACAACUUCAACUUUUUUUCAAGUUCUUUUCACCCAAAAAACCUUUCUUCAUUUUUCUUGCUAGCGCCUCCUUGUACUUGUUGGCAUCAACUACAUCAAGAAGUAGAUAGUCACCCGCAACGGAUUCUACGGCUGGUGCUCAUUCUCUACUAAAUGCUGUCUAGACAAAUGCUGUGAACUUCAGUAGAUCCACCUUUAUGGC